UUUAGCUCCUUCCCUGUGGAGAUCAUACUAUUUAAACACUGUAAUUCUAACACAUUGCACACAAGAUAAAUUUUUUCACACGACGGAACUUAGACAAUAACUAAUGGAAAUUAUGGUGCGUUUUAUAGGAGAAUUAUCUAUAUUUCUUAUAUUGAUAAAUCAGUAUCAAUCAGCAGAAGUUCCAAGCGUAUCUUCCAAACUAGGAACGAUAACUGGAGAAACGAAAAGUGUAACAUUUCAAGGAAAUAAGUAUCAAGUUGAUAGAUACCUCGGAAUUCCAUACGCUAAACCACCGACUGGAGAUUUAAGAUUUCAACCUCCCCAGCCAUUCGGUUCAUUUUCCGAGACAUAUAAUGCUGUCGACUUUGGAGCCUCGUGUCCACAACCAAGCUAUCCGACAAUGCCGAAAGAGAAUAAGACAGACGAAAAUUGUUUAUUCCUGAAUAUAUACGUUCCACGCCAGAAACCAGAUGAACCUUCCGGUCACGCGGUUAUGUUAUAUAUACAUGGCGGCGGAUUAUCGAUUGGAUCAGGGGUUUUCUAUGAUGGGUCAGUAUUGUCGUCUGUAGAAAAUGUAAUCGUAGUGACAAUAAACUAUAGACUAGGGCUUCUCGGAUUUCUCGACAUAGACAAUGAAAAGGCGCCCGGAAAUGUAGGGUUACUUGAUCAACAUUUGGCGCUUCAAUGGGUUAAUGAAAAUAUCGGGACGUUUGGUGGUGACAAAGACAGGGUAACGAUAUUUGGGCAGUCAGCCGGUUCAACAUGUGUUGCUAUGCAAAUGAUGUAUCCGUCAAAUGAAGGAUUGUUUAGAGGUGGUAUUACUCAGAGUGGAGCCCUUAGCAUCCCUGGUAUGUACCAUGAAAAUAACAUUAAUAUUGCCAAAUUUUAUGCCAGAAGUUUAGGUUGUAGCUUUGAAACAAAAGAUGAAGUGCUCAAAUGCCUUAAAGAAGCAUCAUCUGAAACUAUAAUCAAAGUAUUUGUUGAUGCUACUUCUUCUGGAGAUUUUGAAUCUGCUGCAAGUGUCGGCGCUACUCCAACUAUUGACGGCAAAUUCAUCAGACACAACCUCGGGGAUUUACUUAAGAAAGCAGAGACAGAGACUUUUGAAGAAAUUGACUUCUUUCGGUCCGUUAAACUAAUUAACGGCGUUAGUGGCGACGAAGGUGCGAUGUUCUUAACGAUGGGUGGAAGUGCCGAAACAUUAGAAGAAUUCGAAGUUACUCGAGAACAAAUGAACACACAGCAGAUUCCUGGUGCGGUGGCUAUUAUGUAUGGAAACAAACCUGUACCGGAAGUGGUGCAACAACUCGUGAUUUCAGAAUACACGGACUGGGUGAAUCCAGAUGAUCCAAAACGACUCCGUCAACAAGUAGUGGAUCUUUUUGGGGACUUUUUCUACAAUAGCCCAGCUAUAGAAAUGAGCAGAGUCCAUUGUAAUGGAUCGGAUGUAGAUAGUUAUGUUUAUAAUUUUCUACCUAAAUUGGAUAAACCUUUGAUUCCAUUACCUAAAUGGGUGAAGCAUGCGAGCCAUGGAGAUGAAUUAGGACCUGUAUUUGGCUACAGUUUUGAUUUACGAGACCUUUUUAACAUAUCUGAGUACACGCCGCCAGAAUGGGAACUUGAUCUUUCAAACAGAGUAAUGAGAUAUUGGACAAACUUUGCUAAGACCGGCGAUCCAAACAAACCAAAUCCAGGCCUGUCUGUUGUUUGGCCGAAGUAUGACGUCAGUUCUCAGUCUUAUAUCAAAUUUGAUAGAGAAGAUUCCAUUGGUCAAUAUCUGUAUGCGAGACCAACGGAAUUUUGGAAAAAGAUUGUACCAGCUGUGAUAGAUGCUACUGAGCAUGCUCAGACUGUAACAGAACAAUUUGGGAAAAAAGAAGAACAAACAUGUGAUAAUGACGGAAAUUGUGGAUGAAUGGAAAUUCUAUAUAAAAACUUCGUUUUUUUU